AUGGCUGAUAGAUAUUUGAAAUAUCUUUCGGUAAAAUCAAAUAUUAUUAUUAUUAUCAUUGGGUUUUUAAUUGAUGAAAUAUCGGCUCUGUCUAUUUGUCCAACGGCUGUUUGGGCAUUGAAUGCAACAACAGUAGUUGGUUCCAUAGGGACACUAGUUAAAACCCCAGUUACCAUUAUUGUCGACAAUAACAGUAAUAUUUAUGUGGCUGAUACUGGAAAUUAUCGUGUGCUACUACUUCCGACAAAUUCCACUACAGGUAUAUUAAAAAUCAACGGUAGCUUUGGUACUGGAUUGAAUCAAUUCUCGUCGAUGACUGAUAUGCGUAUGGAUGCCAAUGGUAAUAUCUAUAUACUAGAUGGGACUUUAUCACGUGUAACAAAAUGGACACCAGGAUCUACGAGUGGAAUUCUUGUAGCGGGCGGUGGUUCCUUCAAUGAUUAUUUUGAUGGACAUGUGGACAUCAUGGGUCAAUCUGGUGGAAUGUUUAUUGAACCUCAAUCAUUGUUUAUUUGGAUAGCUGAUACAAACAAUAGCAGAAUCGUAAAAUGGGUAAAUUCAUCAACAGCACUAACAGUAGUCUAUGGUAGUUACGGUCGGAAUUCUAAUCAAUUUAUUUCUCCAACAGGAUUAUUCGUUGAUACAGCUGCUGAAAAUACACUUUAUGUAGUAGAUUUUGGAAAUCAUAGAAUACAAAUGUGGCUUCCAAAUGCAACUAGUGGAAUAACGGUGGCUGGACUAACAGGUUACUAUGGUACUGGACUAAAUCAACUGUGGUAUCCAUCAGCAGUAGUUGUCGAUAGUAACCAGAAUAUGUAUAUUACAGACAUGGAUAACUAUCGAAUUCUCCAAUGGAAAGUAGGUGCAAGUUUUGGAAUGGUCAUUGCAGGAACAGCACUAAGUACAGGAUUAUCGCCAAAUCUACUUGGUUAUCCAUCUACUAUUAGCUUUGAUCCGAGUGGAUCACUUUUUGUUGCUGAUACUACAAAUAAUCGUGUACAAAAAUUUGCUAUUUUUUGUCGUAAGAUUUAA